AGUCCCAGUCAUGCCAGCUCUGCUGUUCGCCACGCAUUUGCCACCCUCUUUGGAAUAUACUUUGCUGUCUUUUGCUUUGGGUGGUAUUCCAUUCAUCUUUUUGUCCUGGUGAUGAUGAACUAUGGCAUUAUGAACAUGGCGAGUAUUCCCAACAUCCACAGGUACUCCUUUGUCGUAGCCAUGGGAUACCUCACACUGUGCCACAUAAGCCGAAUAUACAUAUUUCAUUAUGGCAUUCUCACUACAGACUUUUCCGGUCCGCUGAUGAUAAUUACACAGAAGAUCACAACACUUGCAUGCCAGCUACAUGAUGGCAUAGGGCGACAAGCUGAGGAACUCACUGCUGAGCAAAAUCGGCUUGCUGUAAAGUCAAGACCUUCUUUACUGGAGUAUUUAAGUUAUCUCCUCAAUUUUAUGAGCAUCAUAGCAGGGCCUUGCAGCAAUUACAAGGACUAUAUCGCCUUCAUUGAAGGCAGGCAUGUGCACAUGAAACUGUUAGAAGUGAACUGGAAGCAGAAGGGUUAUGACAGACUUCCUGAUCCUUCUCCAACUGGAGCAGUGAUGUACAAGCUGUGUAUCACACUAGUAUCUCUCAUUUUAUUCUUGACACUUACCAAGAACUUUCCUAUGGCAUAUAUUAUUGAUAACGAAUUUCUUGAUAAAACUCCCUUCUUGUCAAGACUUGGUUACCUGUACAUUGUAACACAGGCAGCAAAACCAAAGUAUUACUUUGCAUGGACGUUGGCAGAUGCAGUCAACAAUGCAGCUGGUUAUGGAUUCAGUGGAGUUGAUGAGAAAGGCACUUUCCGCUGGGACCUGUUGUCCAAUUUGAAUAUCUGGAACAUUGAGACUGCAACAAGUUUUAAAAUGUACAUUGAAAACUGGAACAUUCAGACAGCUGCCUGGCUGAAACGUGUCUGCUAUGACAGAGCUCCUUGGUACCCUACGGCUUUAACAUUUAUCCUGUCGGCCCUGUGGCAUGGUAUCUAUCCUGGAUAUUAUUUUACGUUUCUCACUGGAAUCCUUAUCACACUCGCAGCCAGAGCAAUAAGGAACAACUGCAGACAUUACUUCCUCUCGCCAGUGCCUCUGAAGAUAGCCUACGACGUGGUUACCUGGGCGGUCACUCAGCUGGCUGUGUGCUACACGGUCGCACCAUUCGUCAUGCUGGCUGUGGAGCCCACCAUAAAGUUCUACAAGUGA